AUGAAUUAUUCUGAGUCCUCCAUUAUUAAGAAUCUUGGACCGAAUCCACUAUUCCUUGACAGUAGGCACUAUACGGCUCUCGCCUUCAUUCUUGCUGUCUGUAUACCACAGACGACUCAUGGAUCUGCCCUUCGUUAUGGAUUACUGCUCCUUCAAAUAGGCUCUGCAGUGCAGGCUUUCUUUGCACCACCGCCUCCGGUAUUAGAUGUGGCUCUUCUCUACACAUCUGGUGUGUUCAUGGGUAACAUGCUAGCGCGCUACAUUGAUCGACUAUACAUUCACACCCCAGAGACAUCAUUUUAUCGAGUUCAAAAUGUUUCAAGUUCCUCUAUCACCCCACCAAAACUCGAAGAUAUAUCCAAUACCCCACUAUCAGCGCGCAUUUUUUGGGCCUUCGAGCUCAUCAGCGUUACCCGUGGUAUCGGCUGGAACUGGCGCGUUGCCGGUAUUCCUAAGCCUUCGGUCGCAUCAACUCGAUUCCAAUUCGCUGCAUCCCAACUUCUCCGAUGGGUUGCCAUGUAUACUGGAUUGAAUCUGGUAACUUUAGCAUGUCGGACAAUUCUAUCAAACCCAAAUCCCAGCUUGAACAUCCCAGGCGAUUUGCAUAUCCACAUCCUGAUUGUCGUCGGGUUUAUUACGACAAUAUAUAGCCAUUUCGCUAUUCUCAUACUUCCGCUCUCGGCUAUCUGUGUCGGGCUUCAAGUUGGUCCUCGCUCAUGGCGAGAAGUUUCCUCCUGGCCACCGAAUUUCGGUAGUAUUACUGAAGCAUACAGCAUUCGGCGCUUUUGGGGGUAUACCUGGCAUCAGCAACUGCGACGACAGACAGGUGUACCUGGUUCUUACCUGCUUGGCUUAUUGCCGGAGAGUGUACGAGUGUCCAGACGAACCCCAGUUCGGCUUGCAAGACGAUACUUCCUGCACAUUAUGAGUUUUGUCGUUUCAGGAGCGAUUCACGCUUGCGGUACUUAUCAGGUUACACGAGCCUUCGGAACUCCACUGUGGGACGGUGGGAAGAUGAGGUAUUUCUUAGUACAGGGAGUUGCGAUUAUAAUCGAGGAUUUUGUAUGUUGGGUUCUGGGUGUUGAUGAUCGGUCUGGAGCAAAGCCUACGACAAUGCGGCGGUGGAUGGGAUAUGCGAUUACGGUCUCUUGGUAUGUAUGUACUCGUGUAUAUGUGCUGGCAAUCCCUGUGGCGCUUUCCUGUGGAAUCCGGGAUGAGAGGGAGGACAUAUAUGCUGCUUUAGAGCUGGCGCGACGAUCGGCCGCUGCGGUGCCUGGUAACUUUGUGGCGCAGGCGUGGGAGCUUUUUUUAUGA